AUGCAAAUUUUACUCGGUACAUGCAACCCAACCUGGAUCUCUGAUUAUUUGCACCAUUUUUUCCGGCUUGCCUUUGGACUGAAGUCUAUCACGUCCCAAGGCCGUGUCACGAUAAGGUUCACGCCGGCAUCACACUCUCUGCAUUUAGUCUUGCUAAACUACCCAUGCCCUAAGUCGAGAGUCACAGUUUGCUAA